UGGUGCCAAAGUCAAAACUCCUCUCGCCGGGAUUGCUUUUCUGCUUUUGUUCUGCUGCACCAAUGGCCGCGGGCAUUUUUCUUUUCGCGCUCCAUCCACCCCUGCUGAGAUCUCUCUUCCCCGCCUAUCCACCAGCAAAACACACCACCGCUUACCAGACACAAUGGCACCCACCAAGGCACCCACGGUCACGGACCUCAUCAAGGAGGCCAUCGAGAACCUGAAGGUCAAGGGCUCCGCCAAGGGCGUCAGCCGCACGGCCAUCAAGAACUACAUUGGUGACCGCUCCACCAUUGCCCGCAUCAACCUUUCCCUGAAGCGCCUGGUCGCAAAGGACGAGCUUGUGCAGGUCAAGGACAGCUUCAAGUUCAACGCCAAGGCGCUCGCUGCCAAGAAGAAGGCAGCAACCAAGAAGGCCGCCCCCAAGAAGAAGAAGACCACCACAAAGAAGACCACCACCACCAAGCCCAAGAAGUCUGCCGCCGCUAAGAAGAAGAAGACGACCAAGAAGUCCACCAAGAAGACGACCACCAAGAAGGGCGCCAAGAAGUCCACGAAGAAGACGACCAAGAAGUCCACCAAGAAGUAA